AUGCCAUCGGCUGCUCCAUGUGGCAAUCUACUGUGCGAUGCUUCACCAGGCUACACGUCUCAGUCCAAUCACAGCACUACUUCUCCGUAUGAGCCAUCAGGGCCACAGGCUGGCUCAGGUGAUGAAGGAUAUUUCACCCCGACAGCUUUGCCACAGAGUAGUUGGUCCGAAUCUGCUGGCACAUCCGCUUGGCCAAUUCAAAGCUUCGCGAUCGACUUCAUGAACGGGCCCACUUCGAUCGUUGCCGAUAUGCCGGCUUUCGGCGCAGAUGCAAACGUCGACCACCGAUGGGUCCAGCAGAUCUCCACGGCUGCGAACACACCCAGUAUGUUGAUGCAGUCGAAUGGUAUAUCAUUGCCAUGCCAAUGCUCAAUGCUUCUCGACGACAUUACCGCCUUGUUCCGAUGCCAGGUCAGCCUACCGAGGACAAACUUUGAUCAAGUCCUACAGGUCAUUCACACGGCGAUACAGAAGGGACAGACCUCAUUAGACUGCUACGGUUGCGCAACACAUGGCUUGCAAGCAGUCCUCACGAAUGUUGUUGUGAUGCUGCAACAAGCCGCGGUCUGUCUUCAAGCCAUCUUGGCGAUAAUCGAUCAUGAUCCGUGCUUGGCAACCGCUGGCAUCAAGGCUGAAGGCUAUAAUCUGGACACCGCGGAGCUGAAGAUGCGAAUGCUGCACACGAUGAUUGACCAUGAGCUUGACGGCAUGCAACAGCUGGCACAUACGGUCAGCACCAUGGCACACAUGGAGCAUACCCAUGGCAAGGCAUAUUCUGGUAUCAUGCCACUAUUGACAGCUCUGCAAGAGUCUUUGGACGUGUUGAGAGGAAGAUCCAUGCAACCAGCGCAGACGUGA